AUGGAGAUUUCUAUAAUAAGAAAUAUAGUCACUGAAGUCUUAAUAAUUUAUAUAUUUUGGGACUUGAUAUUUGUUAAAUGUAUAGAUUGUAGAAAUAAUACCUUGAAAUCAGAAGUUAAACAAAAUUUAAUAUCGAAAGAUGAGAAUAUAUAUGAUAAUGGAGAUAUUUUACAAAAUAUAGUAAAUGAUACAAAUAAUAAAAUCUAUAGUGAUAUUAUUAAUGCAAUAUUAGAUGAAUCUAACAUAGAUAAAGAAAAUAUUGUUAGUUUAACUCCAUUAAAAGAAGGAGAGAGUUUAUCUUCUCAAAUAAUUAAUGAGGAAUUCUUGAAUGAAUUAGAUGAUUUAGAUUGGCAAAUAGUUAUGGAAAAAAUAUAUCAUUCAAUAUGGUAUCAUUGGAAUAAUAAAUUUUAUUCUGAAUUUUCUAAAAGAGUACCAACUAUAUUACGUGAAAUGAGAAAAAUAUCAAGUAAAUUAGGUAUUUCAAUAUUAGAUAAAGAUGAAAUACUUGGAAUAAUAAAUAAAUUAAAUCCAAAAACAAAGACAGUAGAUGGUAAAUUAAGUAAAUUAUCAAGAAAGAUACUUAAUAAAAAACCAGAUGACAUAUAUAAUACAAAUGAUCCAAAAAAAUUACAUGAUAUACAAUAUAAGAGAGCUGAAGAAGCUAUUAUUAAUAUGAUAGUCGAAAUGAAAGGUUAUAUACGUAUAUUUUUAAAAUUAAUAGAUAUUAAGGCUUCACAAGCUGGUUUAUUAUUUUUAAAUCAUAUACAAGGUCGUAGUUAUUCAAAGAUUGCAAAAAAAGAUGAUAUUUUUAGAAAUAAUAUAAGAAAUUGUCCUAUACAAACUGCAUUUAAUUAUAGAUAUGUUGAUGAAAAUCUUGAUUUACUUAUGCAUCAUGAAAAGGGUUUCGGUAUUUGGAAUUUAGGGGAGUUAAAUAAACAUAAAAGUACUGUAGGAUCAUCAAGUUAUAUAUCUAAAAAGAUUAAUGGAAUAAUAGAUUUUGUUUAUAGUGAAUUUAUAACCCCAUCUGCAUUAAUUGUAUCUGCAAUUGAAGAUACAACUUUAUUACAUGGUUCUUUAUCGGGUGCUAUAUUGAGAAGUUUUUCAAGUUCAUAUAAUAUACCGUUAUUAACUACUUUUGAAUCACUUACUAAAGCUACAUUUUUUUUUAUUAAACAAAUUGAUAUAAAACUAUAUAAGAUUCUUCAUUGA